AUGACUUUGUUUAGCAUUGAACAGCUUAGAAAAGCGAUUAAUAAUUAUUCUCAAGAUCAAUUUAUUGGUAAAGGUGGCUAUGGUGUAGUGUAUAAAGGAGUUCUGGCGGGUAAGCGUGUAGUCGUGAUAAAAAAGUCUAAACUAGUGGAUGAAAGCCAAGCUGAGCAAUUCAUCAAUGAAGUCUUGAUGCUUACUCAAGUCAUUCAUCGAAAUGUAGUGAAGCUUUUGGGUUGUUGCUUGGAAGAGGAAGUCCCGAUACUAGUUUAUGAGUUUAUCUCCAAUAACACUCUUUUCCAUCGCAUUCAUCAAAGAUUGGGUGGAAUGAAUUGGUUAUCUUGGGAAAAUCGAUUGAGAGUAGCCACCGAAGCUGCAAAUGCACUUGGGUACCUUCAUUCAGAAAUUACUAUGCCAAUUAUACACAGAGAUGUCAAGUCUACCAACAUACUAUUAGAUGAGAACUACACAGCAAAAAUUUUAGAUUUUGGUGCGUCCAAGUUAGUCCCAGUAGAUCACGACCAAGUAACUACUCUUAUUCAAGGAACGUUAGGGUAUUUGGAUCCUGAAUACUUCAACUCAAGCCAACUAACUGAGAAAAGUGAUGUAUACAGCUUUGGAGUUGUACUUGCAGAACUGAUAACCGGGAAAAAACCAAUUGGUUAA